AAUUGCUUAUCAGCCGUAUGUUCAGUAAGCAUAUAGAAAUAGGAAGGACAUACCGGUAAAAGAAAGGUGGGGGAGGGGAGAGGCGUGCAGGAAACGCUACUGUCAGUUGGAUUGGUGUUUUGUCCCGGCGCGCCGAGUGAUCAUUUGAAAAGGAAGGACCACCUCUGUUCACCAUAUUUGGCAAACUUUCCCUAAUAUGGUAACGUCUACUUCUAAAUAUGGCAGCCGGGGACGCCCUCUCGUUGAUUCUUGUACCACUCCGCGCAAUCUUUUUGCCGUAAAUUUUGGAAUAUUCAAGUCACGCACAAGAUAUUUAUCGGUGAAUCCAAAAUCUCCAGGAUAAUUUUUAUUUUUCUACGAAGAAAUUUUUAAAGAUCUUCUUCCAGGAAACUCUAUUUCGAUUGAGUGGACUACUUUUUUACCGCGUACGUAGAAAUUGGUGGGGGUAACAGCUGCGCAGAAACAUACGGAGGCACCGUGUUAGCACGUAGGUCAAGUUACGAUACUCUGCGCGCAUUCAGUUCGCGGGGAGCGCUCGUGCAGUGCGCGUUGUUGUCCCGUGUUCCUCUAGAUGGUUGAUCACGUGGGAAACAUUGCGCCGAGUUUUCGCGAUUCCGUGGCGGAGAAGGGCCGAGGGAAAGGGAAUAAAUGUGUGCGAGUCCGUAAUGGACAACCCUAGCGGCGGAAGAGAUAGUCGGUACGCAAGUCUUGGAUACAGCAUGGGGAUGAUAGGCAGCGACGCUGGCUCGGAAAUGUACGGCCGACCGUCCACCUCCCAACUUACAACUUCUCAAAUAAGCCGCGGUGGCGCCACCAUGAUGGCCGCGGCAGCCGCUGCAGGCGCACCGAACGCCGGCGUGGGAUCUGUACAAAGGGGUAUCAAGAGGACCACUUCGGACGUUUGUUACGAUGACAGCAAUGCACGGCAAGCUCUUUCGCAACAACAAGGCAUGUCAAUGUCUACUGAUUGUGUUCCUGAUAAUCUUGAGGAAUCAUUUACAAGUUUGGGUCAACCGAAAAAGUCACCUCCAUCAAAUGGUAAAAAGACCAAAGGACGGGUCAAAAUUAAAAUGGAGUACAUCGAUAAUAAACUACGAAGGUACACUACCUUCUCCAAGAGGAAAACUGGAAUUAUGAAGAAGGCGUACGAGCUGUCGACAUUGACAGGUACACAAGUGAUGCUCCUCGUAGCAAGCGAGACCGGUCAUGUGUAUACAUUCGCGACACGAAAACUGCAGCCGAUGAUAACGAGCGAAGCCGGGAAAGCGUUGAUCCAGACUUGCCUGAACAGCCCGGACCCGCCCGCCUCCGGUUCCUCCGGUGACCAGAGGAUGUCCGCGACCGGGUUUGAGGAGACAGAAUUGACCUACAACAUAGCGGACGACGAGCAGAAAGUAAGGCAACUGGUGUAUGGCUCGCCGCACGGUGGCUCGCUGCACGGCGGAUAUCCUGGUGGCGGGCCGACCGGAGGUCCUCCUGGCCAUCCGCCACCCCCGCCGCCGCCACCGCCGCCGGGUUCGCAGCACGCGCCACCCUCGCACGCGCAGCACGCGCACCUGAUUGCGCAUGCACACGCGGGCUCGCCGAGCUCGCACCUGGUACCCUGUUCCAGUCCUGGGCCCAUGUUAGCCGGUGGCCCCUAUCAACAAUCCUGUCCCUCGCCUCUGCCACCCCAUCACGCCGCCUACCAUCCUCUCGCACUCGCAUCCUCAACGGUAGUACUAUCCCCCUUGAACCUGCGCUCGCUCGUCCUCCGACCGUGCUCGCGUAUCCGACUCAUCCGUUGCAUGCGUCAACACCAAUCGUAUAUAUUCUUCUGAUCGUUUUCAUCUGAUCGAUGACUCUCGAGGAAUAUUGGAAUAUUGGAGAGAAGAAGAUAAGAAAGAAACGGCAAAGGAAAGCGUCGGAACGCGAGGCCUAACGUAUCCGUGGAUAUUAUAGGUGAUGAGGAGCCGAGAGGAGAUGUUGCUCGAUAAGAGUCGGUGUCCGCGGAAAGCUGGAGAACAGUUACCGGCUUCGUGACGGCGAUGUAACUGCAAUUAUCCGCGUAUCCUUAUCGGGACCCUCGUUCACUGUCGACGAUUGGCUCCGACAGUUUGACUCCCGUCUUACGAACGUCUUCACGACCGAUACCUGUUCUUGCGAUACGCGGGUGACUCUUCGAAAUAGGUAGAUUUUGGAUAAGGAUACUGUUGUACAUUGAACGUGUUUCAAAUAUAUACACGUUGAAGAUUACUUAUUCUUUCCCGUGUAGACGGCUCUUACGGUUUCGUAGGAUAGAGUUUCACGCAGGGCUCCAUAGGGGAACUUAAUUGUUCUAGCGAUUUCAUUAGCAAGAAGCAGAAACCGGUGGAAAGAGUACAACUAUGGUACGGUUUUUCUUUCGACCAUUUUUGUUUCAACUUCGUAAGAAUGAGUGCUAGGUUUCCGAAGCUUCUCUUCUGUUUCCUGGUUAUUUUUCACACCGUCGAAGGGCUCCUCGAACAGACGCCUUGGCGUCGGUGCAAUUCCGUCCAUGGCGCGAAUGCCGCCGCGUUCAGUUAGUUGUGUGGGAACGUGUUAAAUUUUUUUUUUUUUUCUUCUUUGGUGGUGAUCAUUCCCAAGGCAAGUUUCGAAGAAUUAGGCGCAUUAUCAUUACGAAGUAUUUACGAUACUUUGAUGCCUCGUUAUCGGGAACGUGUCGUA